CGACUAGGUCGGAUUCAGCAGCAUCAUUGCAUCCGGCGCAGGAAGUCUCGACUGUAUUAAUUGUUAGAGCCACCGCCAAUUUGGAAAGAUGGCAGACGAAGCGAGUUGUUUGGAAGCCAGCAACGGACCCAAUAAAGCUCGAUUCGGUACUGGCAACCCCAUUUAUACCAAUAGCAUCAUAAGGAGCCACGCGAGGCCCAAGAAACGAAAGCCAUCAGUCUCAUACGGUCUCCCAGCCGCCCUCUUCUAUUCUGUUAGAUGAUAUUUUGAUCGAACACAGGAAUGCUGUGAACGACUAAGCACUUCCAAGGCCAUGAUCCUGCUGGUCCGAGAGAGCUCAGCGUCGAACCUUUGCCCAGAAAACCAUAUGGGGCCAAAAUAUGCUGUCACCAAUCAUAUGGACGAAUGACAACGGCUUGGCGCACCGGCGGACGCAGCUGCAUGGGUCCAGUGCCCCCUGCAUGUUCAUCCCAGCAACUCCAGUGCUGGGGCAUACAAAAAUUACCCUUUUCGGAAAAUAGUUGGGCUGAGGUGGAAAGAGACGGUCUUGAUGGACGAAGAAAACGCUGCCAGCGGCCAGCCACCUACAAACAGUUCAACAGCCUGGACACCGCACAGGGGAAUCUGAGACUAACUUGCAAAGAUUCCUUCUGCCUAAUCUAUAGAAGGAAACUGUCAUGUGGCCUGCCCCCACAGACCCCGAGACAAAUCGUCGCCAAAUUUCAAAGUCUCGACGCAAAACGGUGCUCCUUACGCCACCGUUCACGCUGCCAUGCAGCAGAGCAAGAUGCGGGAAUACCACAUCAUGUCAACUUUUUGAUGUCACAUUCUAAAAACUUGGGCAUGGACAGAGUACCACGUCUGCAGAAUUUGAGCACUGGUCAAAGAGGACGGUGUUGGCACAAAUUGCAUUAUUUAUCGACUUUUGGAACACUGACAUUAUCUAAAGGAAGAGGAUAUCAGUUCUUCUUCAAGAAAAGAAGUCAGUGCCACCUACAACUUUACUGGUGUGGUCGCAACUGCUAGUGUUGUUCUUCAGAUUCAAUAAAACAGGACAUGGUCACCAACAACGAGCAAUGAGCUUUAGGACAGAACCUUGUUCAGCGUCCCGGGCUUCUCCGUCAUCUCAUGG